GACUUCUCUGUUGUCACACUAACUUUAAGAGAGAGAGGGAGAGAGAGGGAGAGAGAAAGAGGGAGGAUCUCAGCCUGUGGAUGUCAGUCCUCUGCAUGGAUAGAUCUCCUCUCCUUCUCUGGGUCUGUCAGAGCAGCAGCAUGGACUCUGAUGAUAGGUGACAAUGAUAUGCCACCAGCACCAUUCCCACAUCAAGUCUUCACACGGGGAGAGAGAGGACAGCCUGGGUACUGCCUGCUUGCCAUGAGCUGGGAUUGACUUGGAGCACUUGGGGGCUGCAGAGAGAGAAAGAGCUCAGUCUCUCCUCUCCUUCUUGUUGACUUGCAAAUCCAUUCACCCCAACAAGAGCCAUGAAUCCGGACUUUAGGAGCUGGGUGCUGGCCACUGUCACCUUGCUGGUGGUCUUCUUCAUUCUGGCGGAUAUCUCUGAGCUGGAAGAGGAAAUCGGGAGUCCUGGAGGGGGAGGCACAAUCAGAUCAGCGGUGGAAAGCUUACAUAGCAAAUCUAAUAGGGGGUAUUUAGCAAUAAAUGAGUCAUCAUCUCCAGCUAUCACUGACCAAAAUAAUGAUAACCUGAAAUACCAUAUCAAACCAAGGCCCACCAAGUGGAGGCACAACCAAACGUUGUCUCUAAAGAUCAGAAAGCAAAUACUGCAUUUUCUGGACGCUGAACGGGACAUUUCUGUUCUGAAGGGUACAUUGAAGCCAGGUGAUAUCAUACAUUAUGUAUUUGACCGAGACAGUACCAUGAACAUAUCGAAGAACCUAUAUGAACUCUUGCCAAGGACAUCUCCUCUCAAAAAUAAGCACUUUAAAACGUGUGCCAUAGUGGGAAAUUCUGGAAUAUUACUCAACAGUGGCUGCGGAAAAGAGAUUGAUUCACAUGACUUUGUUAUAAGGUGCAACUUGGCUCCUGUAGAGGAGUAUGCUAGAGAUGUUGGCAUGAAGACCCACCUGGUAACAAUGAACCCUUCAGUGGUGCAACGUGCAUUUGAAGACUUAGUCAAUGAUACAUGGAAGGAUAAAUUCCUGCAGCGUCUAAAAAGCCUGAAUGAAAGCAUUUUGUGGAUCCCAGCGUUCAUGGCCAAGGGUGGAGAGGAACGUGUGGAGUGGGUGAAUGACCUCAUCAUCAAACAUCACAUCAACGUGCACACUGCCUAUCCUUCCCUACGCCUGCUCCAUGCUGUCCGAGGGUAUUGGUUGACAAAUAAGGUACAUAUUAAAAGACCUACAACUGGACUCCUAAUGUAUACUUUGGCAACUCGUUUCUGCAACAGAAUCUACUUGUACGGGUUUUGGCCCUUCCCUCGAGAUCUUCACCAGAAUCCUGUAAAAUACCAUUACUAUGACAGCUUAAAAUAUGGCUACACAUCACAGGCAGGGCCACAUGCAAUGCCCUUGGAAUUCAAAGCAUUAAAAAAUCUGCAUCUGCAAGGGGCUUUGAAACUAAAUGUUGGAGAAUGUGAAGAAGCCACAUAGCACAUUAUAGAACCUAUUACUAUGUGCACCAAACAUCGGUGGGACACAGACAGAAGAAGAAAGCAAGUAACACUGUAAAUGUCCAAAUGUAACAGCGUUGAAAACUGUUGGCUUCAAUAGAGCAUCAAAGUCAAGGUUUAAAGACGCUAUAGUGGUUGAUGUAAUAGUCAACUAGUGUGUCAGAUAUCUAAAAACAUUUAGAUUUACCCACAUUCAGUACUGGAAAGUAUGGCACAGCAUUGAGUUGUGCUGUGGGCCUUUUCUUCAUUCCUGUGAAGCAGUAGUACUACCAAUGCCACAUCUACAAAACAAAAUAUGUCUCGUCUGAGGUUGAAUCUGGUGCUAUUCUUGUUCAGUGAUGAUGUAAAAAGGUCGUCUGUCGUUCGUUGUUCUAUGUGACCAGCCCUGUUUCGUCCCUUGCAGUUUUGGGUUUGGUAAAACAGCUUAACCAAGGGUAGAUCAACCCAUGUGAUACCUAACAAAAUAGUACUGUAACCUAAACAUGCAAAAUGAACAAAAGACAAUCAUUUCAAAGGAAAGAUGCUGAAUGUAAGCGGUGUAUGCCAGAAAGACUUUCCAAAUGGGGUAUGCCUCUGUUUGUGCCUAGCAUCUAAUAUAAAUAUUUUAGGACAUUACUAUAAUCAAGAGUUAUUUCUAUUUGGAACAAAACACACGCAGAGCAGAUGUCAUGUGAAAGUUAAAAUAGUUCAUCAAACUAGUCAUUUACCAAUCAACAAAUAAUGCAUUCUCAUGUAGAUUAAACAAAACAAAAACAAAGCAUGGUAGAAUGUGAUGCUAAUGCAGAAGUCCUGUAUUCCAGCCUAGAUGUAAUGGAUCUGUGAACCCAGGUGAAGAUUUAUAGUUAAGCUGUUUUUAUAAGUGUGACUGAUACCUUUGCCAUUCUCUGUGUGCUGUCUGUGAGGUUGUGCUUUAGAUAUCAAGUGUACCAAAAUAAGGUAAGCUCUGAGUAUCCUCACUAUUCCCAUAACUCAAAAUUUGUACAGCCGUUUAAUGCCUUCUGGAUUUGUGAAGGUGAUAUCAAUGAUCCUGACUACUGUCCUCUUGGGUUGUUUGGAGUCUUAGUUUGUGAUUUUAUUGCUUUUGAAGCUGGGUAGAAACGGGUGCCAUUAUUUCAAGUUUUGUAACAUGUGGUUCAAGAAUCUUUUGUGAUUGACGCUCUUAAUAUUUUGGGAAAAUAAACCAAGAGAAAGUGAAA